AUGCCUCCACUGGUCAGUACAAUCUCUGUCGAAAACGUGUAUAAUUAUCUCCAGGAGUCGGUCUUUCAUCUUCGAACUUCAUGCCAUCUGCAUGUCGAAUUCUUGUUAUUAUUGACAUGUUGCAUUUUGGACACGUCGAGUUUUAUGUCUUAUACGGUUCAGAACUGUCUUCCUCUACUAAUUGAAUGCAUUUCCGUCAUUGCAUUUCCGUCAUUAUUUCCGUCAUUAUUUCCGCUCUUGCUUCAGUUGUUACAGUGGCCUUUUUUAUUUUCUCCUUUAUGUCUUCCUUUGUUCUUCUUGCCUUGUGGUUCCCGUCUCUUCUUAUCUCCUGCACAUGGCCUUUCUUGUUUACUCAUCCCUACUACUCUUCUUUUCUUCAUGAGUAGCGUUGUCAAAAAGUCGUCGCACUUUGUGCCCAAAGUCAAGAAGAAAGCGCGUCGGGUGCCAUCGCUCGCGUCUUCUGCGGCCUUGCAAGCAAGUCCGCCGCCCUCCCAGGCGUCUCAGUCCACCCAAACGAACGAGCUGGCGCCAAAUGUUUCUGAGCCGCCGGAACAAAGCCAAAACACAAGCUCUUUUGUUGCUUCCGCAGGGGAAAACACUUAUGUGCCUCCUACGCCAGCGACACAGCCCCUGGCGGCAAUUGACGGCGGGAAAAUUGUGUCUCCGCUUCUGUCCUAUUCGAUCGAAAAAACUGCCAAACGCGCCAGUCCCGGCCCGGAGAUGGACGUUGACCCACGGGACGCCAGCGCGGCAGCAGAGUUGGCCGUGGAAGACGCGGAGUCGUCGGACCUGGGCGACCACGACGAGUACGGAGACAACGACAUUUUCAAACAGCCGCAAGAACCGCGCCAGCACCGCCGGUCGUCUGUGGCGGGCCCGCGGCGGCUCCUGACGAUUUCGCGGCGCUCCGGUUCUAUCUCUGUAGCUCCAGGCGGCUUGGACGAGGAUCUGGGCGCGGCGCCGGUUGCCAUUUCGAUUCCAGUGGGAAAACCCACCAAACGGCGUGCGUCGUCGCUGGCACGCGCCCACAAACGGGCCGCGCGUGCUUCUGUGAUUCUGGUUCCGUCGGCGGGCGCUGUUCUCAACGAGCAGGAUGAGAUCGGGUCAGAUUCGGGAUCGCAGAGAAACUCUAACCCUUCCACUACAGCCGGACCAGCGCACAACGGUGAGGCGAUUGUGGUUGGACUCGAUCCCGAGACACAGAAGCUCCGCAAGUUCCGCGCGUCCCCGGACGUUGAGGGUUACGACGACCUACCUGUGGCGCCUCCAGACUUGGUGACAGAAAUAUCGGAGGUGUCGCAAAUCCCCCACAAGAUCAUGCCCGGCGACGAGCCUUAUUAUGCAAAGGUCAAGUUCCAGCCGGACCAACUCCGCAUGAGCGAUUUAUGUAAGCCGCUUUUGCCUAUUGGGUCUGUGAGUGAAAACUACAAGAUGGCAAUGGAAGCCAAGGCGAAAAUCGCCCAGAAAAGACAACUUCGGCGGGAAGCGCGCGAGAUGGCAAAGUCCAUGCGUAUAUCGUACGAGGAGGCGUACCGAAAGGUGUUGCUUGACGGAAACCACGAGUUCGAGCUCGACGAAGAAAAGCACAAAGGCUUUGACUUUGACGCUCCCGAGGAAGCAAACCAAGGCACGGGUGUGCAAGUGGAAAUCAUUGACAACAAGAUUCUGGUGCGGCUGGAGUCGAUGAUUGUAGGCGGGCAGCGGCCAGCCACGCUCACACAAAACAGAAACGUGACACUAGAAAACCCGUUUGAAAACCCAAUCACCUCCAACUCGUACACGAAAUCGGCACACACAGAUGCGUGGACAGACGAAGAAGUAAUCCAACUCUACAAAGCGUUGAGUACGUGGGGGACAGACUUUACGUUCAUUGCACAGUUGUUCCCGUAUCGCACGCGGAGACAAGUGAAGCGCAAGUUCAUUUUAGAAGAGAAGAAAAACCCAGAGCUCGUCGAAUUGGCGUUGCGGCGCAAGUUGCCCGCAGACAUCCGCGAGUUCCAAUCGGCUGCAUCCAAUAUCAAGCUCAAGAACGUGGAGGAGCACGAGCGGGAAAUGCAAGAGCUCAAAAAGGACCACGAGAGACACAUGGAGGAGAUCAACAUGGAGCGCGAGAGGGCCAUCAAGGAGGAUUUGGAGGCCAGCAGAAAGAGAGAAAUCGAAAUCAGAACAGGCGCCAAGCCUAUGACAAGAACGGAAAGACAACGCGAGUUCCGCAAAAACGAAACGGUGGUGGGAUCUAUCGAAGAUGUCAAAAAGACCAGAGAAGAAUUGGAGCGUGCUGCAGGUUAG